AUGCAAUUCCUCAACACCAUUGUCGCCGUUGCUUCGCUCGUAGCUGUUGUGACUGCCGCCGAUGCGGCUGCACCUAUCGAGGCAAGGCAGGCUGCCAGCCCGUGCUAUUCCAACCAGAAGUUGACCUGGAAUACUGGCCAGAUCCCCGGCAGUGGAGGAUGGGGUUGCGUCACGAACCUCAACGGUGGCUGCAAGUCGUACUACUGGAAGACUGAUCUCCCUUACUACAGCUGCGCCUAG